AUGAGGAAGGCUUACGACGGCAGCUGGUCGCCCUUCAACAACGCUCCCUUGCCGAUACGUCCCGACGACAAUACGACUCGACAUGGAAGCAAUGGGUCUCCAUCAGUCGGCGCAUCGGCCGAUCUCCCUGGCUACCAGAGCACGAUCAAGUCGCGCAGUCUCUCCAACUGGUGUUUUUUUGCCAUCGAUCGAUGGUCGCCUACAUGCUCAGACGGACGAGUCGGAUCCACCUCCUCCGUGCACGCCCAAGUUAGCCAUGUCAAAUGGCAUCAUAAAGUCUAUGCCGGGUUCGAACCCGUCAUCAGCCCCAACCACGCCACAGCGUUCGCAGGAAAGCGACGCAUCAGCCCUCCUCCUCGACCCCGAUCUCCCGUCACUCGUACAAUGCUCGAGUGGAUGUCCGCCCAAAUCGACUACACGAAACCCAAGCAACGCCUAUUUCUUGGGGCUGCGCUGCUGGGUUUCUUCUAUCUCCUAAGAAGUUCCGAAUAUCUGGCGAUCAAAGGGGGAAGGCACCGGUACGCGUUAGAGGUCCGCGACGUCGAAGUACUUGACAUCACAGGCAAUCCUGCGGUCAACUUCGAUGACGCGGUUCAUGCGGUAAUAACACUCCGCGGAAGCAAGACCGAUAAGCGAGGCGAAGGAUCCGCACGCUACUUAUCACGAUACGGACAUGGCAGGGUCUGUCCGGUAAUCGGAGCCUCACUACUGCUGGAACUAGCCCGUCGACACCGUCUAAGGCCGACCGACCCGAUAUGUUCGUUCAGCAAGUCCCGAAUGCUCAAGGCAGAAGAAAUGUCCAAAGCCCUGAAAGCGGCUGCAAUCGGCACCGGAAUCGACCCGCAGCGAAUAUCCUGUCACUCGCUACGCAGCGGCGGGGCCUCUGCGCUAAUAGCCGGUGGAGCAGAUUCAACAACAAUUAAACUUCACGGCAGGUGGAAGUCAAGCGUAUUUCAGAGUUACACACACUACACGCAAGAACUGGGAGCACCACUCGCAGCGAUGAUGGCAGGCAACGGCGACUUGGCAUUUCGCGAUACGAGCACCACUCGUCGCAAUGGGGUUCACGCCUAA